AUGCACUUUUCUCCGCCUCCCUCUCACACUCGCACACACACCAAUACCGGCAAAUGCAACGGCAACGGUGACGAAAUCAGCGUCCCGCUCGCUGACGCCGACAAGGGUGGAGAGAGCCGAAAACGGCAAGGAGCGGGAGAAAGCCACACCAAUGGAAGGCCCGAACUGCAGCUUCGUGUGCAGCAACAGCAACAGCAACAGCAGCAACAGCAACAGCGGCGCUCCAGAGAGACAGCGAGCGGAAGAGAGCCGACAUCGAACCAAAAUGUUGGUUCGAACUCGGUUCGAUCGCCGCUCGGGACGCCAGAGCCAGCAAGAGCAGCAGCGGCUGUAACAGCAACAGCAGCAGCUGCAGCGCCGCCCGCCAAUACGACAGCGACGCAGCAGCCGUUAACAGCAGCAGCCAGACAAAGUCUGUUAACUGCUCUGUUAUCCGGCCUGCCUGAUCAGCAGCAGCAGCAGCAGCAGCAGACAACAGCAGCGGCAGCCCAAGCUGCAGUGAAGCCAGCCAAAAUCACCACCACUACAGCGACAACAGCAACAACAAGAGCAGCCAACUCGGACCAGCCAUCCACCUCUGCGGCAGCGGCCGCCAAGCGAGCCGCCCGCUCCCCUCUAAAGCGCGCCCAUGCUGACGUCGAUGGAGAAGAGGAAGAUGAUGACGAAUACGACGAGCAUGGCGACGCAAUGGCCGUGGAUAGAGACGGCGACGAUGACGACGCCAAUAACGCCUUGGCUAAACGACGGCCACGCCAGCAGCUGUUCCUACAGCAUCAAUACCAGGCAAGAACAAAAAUGCAGCCAAUGCCCAAUAAUGCCCCUGUUCCUGCCCCCCUAAAUGCCCCUGCUUCUGCCCCCUCAAAUGCCCCUGCCUCUGCUCCAACUUUAGCUACAGGUGCCCAAUUAAUUCACCCACACACCCCCGCAAAUGCAGCCAAUUGUGGGGCGAAUAUUGCCAGCAGCAACAGCAAAAGCAAAAGCAACAACAACAGCAGCAGCGGCAUCAGCAGCGCCAGCCAUCCCGGCCUGGAGGCGAUGGCCGCGGCGGCAGCGGCAGAGNCGGCCACGAGCCCGCUACAAAUCCCCCCCAGCGCCCGCAACAGCAUCAUAAGCGUCAGCAGCAGCGGCAUCAGCAGCGCCAGCCAUCCCGGCCUGGAGGCGAUGGCCGCGGCGGCAGCGGCAGAGGCGUCAGCCCGCGCCAAGGCACCGCUAUCCCAAGCGACGCCAAGCCAAGCCCCCGCUAGCGCGCCAAAGAUGCAUUUUUCUCCGCCUCCCUCUCACACUCGCACACACACCAAUACCGGCAAAUGCAACGGCAACGGUGACGAAAUCAGCGUCCCGCUUGCUGACGCCGACAAGGGUGGAGAGAGCCGAAAACGGCAAGGAGCGGGAGAAAGCCACACCAAUGGAAGGCCCGAACUGCAGCUUCGUACUCCGCCAGCAGAGGUAGCAACAACGCCAGCAGCCCAAACGGCAGCGCCGCCACAACCAGCUCCUCCAGCAGCAGAAACUCCAGGUCCUGCAGCGACACCGGAACCUGUGAGGGGAAUGUCCUCUCCUCAUCCAUUACAGCGUUUCAGCACGGAAACGGUGCCGCCGCGCACCUAUAUCUUUGACCCGGCGCCAGAACCAGAGCCAGACAGCGAUGAGAUGGAAGAUGACGGAGACGAAGCGUGGACAGAUGACUCCUUAAAUGGGGUUGAAGCGUACCGUCGGACCCUGAGGUACCAUCUCGACAACCUUGUAUCCUGGCAGGGAUACAACUAA